AAUCACAUUAAUUACACUUGACAGAUUUUUUUUUUUUUUUACACUUCAUGCUGUUGAGAUGCUAAUUACUCUGUUGCCUAUUAUUGCCAUAAAAACACACAAUUUUUCCCUCUUCUCUAAAAAUAUAUUAUUUCCUUUAUAAAAAAAAGAAUAUACUUAAUAGUUUUUCCAAAACUGUGAUUUUUUUUCUCAUUAAAAACCUUUCUGAAUUUGGCAUGCACUCUGAGUGAUAAUCCAACCUAACAAGUGAAAGAAGAAAAUCAUAUUUUAGAGAGAAUUUCAAUAUCUUCAGAAAAAAGAUGGAGGAAAUUGAAGUUGAAGAUCAAUCAAAAACAAGGGAAGCUCAUAAUAAAUCAAGGGUGAAGAUGAAUAAGUAUGCUCUUGGUUGUGCUCUCUUGGCUUCUACCAACUCAAUAUUACUUGGCUAUGAUAUUGGAGUAAUGAGUGGAGCAGUUCUAUACAUAAAAGAGGACCUAAAAAUCAGCUCAACCCAAGAAGAAAUCCUAAUAGGUUCCCUCAAUGUAUGCUCCCUAAUAGGAUCCCUUCUCUCAGGCAAGACUUCAGACAUGAUUGGACGACGAUACACCAUCGUCUUAGCAGCCACAACCUUCUUCAUAGGUGCCCUCCUAAUGGGGCUAGCCCCUUCCUACCCUUUCCUGAUGGCAGGCCGUGUCGUGGCGGGUAUAGGAGUAGGCUACUCCCUCAUGAUAGCUCCCGUCUACACAGCUGAGAUAUCACCAGCUAUGACAAGAGGAUUCCUAGGCUCAAUGCCUGAGGUUUUCAUAACUAUAGGAAUAUUGCUUGGUUAUGUUGUGAACUAUGCCUUUUCUGGGAUACCAAAUCAUUGGAAUUGGAGGGUGAUGCUGUUGUUAGCUGCUGUUCCUGCUGUAGGUAUUGGAAUGGGAGUGAUUGUUAUGCCUGAAUCACCAAGGUGGCUUGUCAUGAAGAAAAGGUUGAUCGAGGCGAAAACUGUUUUGGUUAAUACGUCUGAGAAUGAGGAGGAAGCUGAAGUUAGGCUUAGGGAGAUCACUAGAGCUUGGGAGCUUCAUGAAUCAAGUUCAUUUGUGGGGCAAAGUGUAUGGAAGGAGCUCUUAUGGAAGCCAACACCAGCAACUCGCCGAAUCCUAAUUGCUGCCAUUGGUAUCAACUUCUUCAUGCAAGCUUCCGGCAACGACGCCGUAAUCUACUAUCUUCCAGAGGUCUUUAAGGCCGCCGGAAUUAAGAAGAAGAAGCAACUCUUUGCCAUCAAUGUCAUAAUGGGAACAGCCAAAGCUACCUUUGUUAUGAUCUCAGCUCUUUUCUUAGACAAAUAUGGUAGAAGACCUCUUCUUCUAUUGGGCUCAGCUGGUAUGGUUAUAGCCUUAUCCACAUUAGGCCUUGGGUCCAUGUUUUUUGAACAUACGGCCCAUAAGCCUACUUGGGCCAUUGUUAUUUGUGUCAUAGCUGUUUGUGCUGAUGUUUCUUUCUUCUCUAUUGGGCUUGGGCCUAUCACUUGGGUUUACUCAUCAGAAGUUUUUCCAAUGAGGCUUCGGGCCCAAGGGACUAGUUUGGCAGUGUCUGUGAAUAGGUUGGUUAGUGGAGUUGUGUCAAUGACAUUUUUGAGUGUUACAAAAAAGAUAACAUUUGGUGGGGUGUUUUUUAUAUUGGCUGGAAUUAUGGUUUUGGGGACAGUUUUUUUCUUCUUUUUUAUGCCAGAAACUAAAGGGAAAAGUUUGGAGGAAAUAGGGAAAUUGUUUGAAGAUAAGAAAACUAGUGAUGAGGGAAGUGAUGAAAUGAGUGGGACUUGAAAUUACUAUAUUUUUACUACUAAAUGGCUAAUUUAUUGUAUCAAAGUGUUUAUGUUUGAUCAUAAUGGUUCAUUUUUCA